GCCGAGGCCGCUUCCUCCUCCUCCUCCUCCUCCUCCUCCGUCGGAGGGAGCAUAUCUGGGUCCGCAGCGCCGCGCGCAUGGAGGAGUCAUCUUGCGCCCACCGAUGGAAGCAGAGGUACUGGACUGGACUGGAGUGAAUGUACUACAGCUGCCGCUUCUAUCUGAAAGAAGUAAGAAUGUCUAAGUCCCUGGAGCUGGAGAAGGCACGGCUGGAGCUGCAAGAGGAGCACACAGAUGCAGAAAGAAAUGGACCUGACACAAACCACCAGACCCAGCAGAGCAAACCUUCUCCAUUCUCACCAUCCCCAACCAGCACCGGCACCAAGAUCAAAGCCGAAGACCCCACAGAGAUGCCUCCAGCUCCAGCCCCAGCCCCAGCUCCGGCCCCAGCUCCGCAAGCGCACCUGCCCCAGGCCCAGCUCAUGUUAGCUGGCAGCCAGCUGGCUGGGCUGACGGCGCUGAUGCCAGCUCAACAGCAGCUGCUCCUGCAGCAGGCCCAGGCCCAGCUCUUGGCAGCUGCUGUGCAGCAGUCCAACGCCGCUGCCGCCGCCGCCUCCCAGCAGCCAGGGGCCGAGCUGCCAGCCCCACAGAACCAGCCCCAGACGCCACAGCUGGCCCUCUCGCAGCCCAUCCAGCUCACUGCGCAGGACAUCCAGCAGCUGCUCCAGCUCCAGCAACUGGUCCUGGUCCCAGGACACCACCUCCAGCCGCCCGCACAGUUUCUGCUGCCACAGGCCCAGCAAGGGCAGCAAGGGCUGCUUCCGACACCAAAUCUCUUUCAGCUACCUCAGCAAAACCCCGGGAGCCUCCUGCCGAAUCAGCCUCGCGCAGGACUCCCAGCACAGCAAGUGACUCGGCCCGGCCUCCCCGAGUCCCACCUCGCUCACUCGCAGCCGCCCAAAUGCCUGGAGACCCCUUCCCACCCCGAAGAGCCCAGCGACCUGGAGGAGCUGGAGCAGUUUGCCCGCACCUUCAAGCAGCGCCGGAUCAAGCUGGGCUUCACGCAGGGUGAUGUGGGGCUGGCCAUGGGGAAGCUUUAUGGGAAUGACUUCAGCCAGACCACCAUCUCCCGCUUUGAGGCACUCAACCUCAGCUUCAAGAACAUGUGCAAACUCAAACCAUUGCUGGAGAAAUGGCUCAAUGACGCUGAGACCAUGUCUGUGGACUCCACGCUUCCCAGUCCCAAUCAGCUGACCAGUCCCAACCUGGGCUUCGAUGGGCUGCCAGGCCGACGCCGCAAGAAACGGACCAGCAUCGAGACCAAUGUCCGCUUUGCAUUGGAAAAAAGCUUUCUCGCGAACCAGAAGCCUACCUCAGAGGAGAUCCUGCUUAUUGCUGAGCAGCUGAACAUGGAGAAAGAGGUGAUUCGCGUCUGGUUCUGCAACCGCCGACAGAAGGAGAAGCGGAUCAACCCCUGCAGCUCUUCUCCCAUGUUGCCUGCCCAGGGCAAGCCUCCAGGCUACAGCCCUCACAUGGUGACCAGCCCCGGCCCUGGCACAGGUCUGCCUCUCUCCCAGGCUUCCAGCAGUCUGAGCACAACAGUUACUACCUUGUCCCCAGCGAUCUGCUCCCUAACCCCCAGUCGGACGGUGGUUGGAGCAGGGGGCACCCCCCUCAACUCGGCCACGCCACCCCCCAGCAACAGCACAAACCCCAGUCCCCACAGCGGCACAGGCGGUGGCACAGGCGGUGGCCCCGGCGGCGGCAGCGUUCACCCGGCCAUUGGCUUGCAAGGCCUGAAUCCCAGCACGGGAAGCACAGUGCUGGGGGUGAAUGCAGGGUUAAACCCAGCCCUCAUGGCCACCAACCCGCUGGCCACCAUACAAGCCUUGGCCAGUGGUGGAAGCCUGCCCAUUACCAGCCUUGACGCCAGCGGUAACUUGGUGCUGGGAACCAGCGCAGGCACGGCCGGCAGCCAGAGCAUCGUGACCUCGCCGCUCUUCCUCAACCACGCGGGCCUGCCCUUGCUGAGCGCCGCCACGGGAGGCGUGGGGCUGGUGUCGGCAGCGGCGGCAGCGGCGGCAGUGGCUGCCUCCAUGCCCAGCAAGUCACCCACCCUGACCUCUUCCUCCGCGUCCUCCGCUUCCUCCGCCUCCUCUUCCUCCUCCUGUUCCUCGUGUAGCUCCGCCAGCGACGCGGCACAGACUCUGGGGCAGGCCGGCCCCGGGCCCACCGAGCCGGACACCAAGACGGAGUGAUGGCCGGUGAGGAGGAGGAAAAGACUCCGCACUCGCUGCCUUUCCCAAAGCGCCGGGGGCUGCAGUGGCGGCAGCAGUGGCGGCAAAGAGUUGGACGUACAAACCGACGAGUGAAACCAAAAAGUAAAAACCAAACCAAACAAAGAUUUGUCAGCAACAGCCAAACAAAAGAAACCAACCAAAAAAGUAAAUAACCCAAAGUAACCAAAACAAGGAAAGCAAAAAGGGACAAAGGAAGAAACCAAAAAGAAUCCCCCAAACUUUUGGUGUUUGUGGUUCUCCCCGACCCCAGAUUUUUUUCCUUUCCCUUCCUCUGAUGUUCGGAACAAAACGCCUUUCAGAAGGUGACUCUUUUAUUUUUCAUCCGCUGGUUUCCUGGACUUUACCAGAAAAGCAACAGAGAAACGGGGAUAGAAUUUGUUUUUGUAAAAAAGAAAAAAGAGAAAAAGAAAAAAAGAAUAGAAACAACCCUCCUUUGAAACCCUUAAAGGAGGAACGAAUCUCACACCAAAAAUCACCAGUUCUAGCUUCACCCAAAGCUUUUUACAGACUUUUCUAACUUCUGUGUCUGGUCGAAUGUCUUUCAAAACUCUUUUAUUUAUUCCUAUUUAUUCUUUGCCUUUGGUUCUUUUUUGA